GAUAUUGCCUUCUACACGGAGUUUAAACCGUUUACUUGUUUGGAUAAAUCGGCAACCAUACCUUGGAGUAAAGUAAACGAUGAUUACUGCGAUUGUGUUGAUGGGUCUGAUGAACCUGGCACAUCUGCAUGUCCGGAUAUGGAAUUCUAUUGCAGCAAUAUCGGGCAUGAGGGUGCUUUUAUUCAUUCGAGUUUCGUUAACGAUAUGGUGUGUGAUUGUUGUGACGGGUCUGAUGAAUAUCUUGGCCUUGUAAAAUGUGAAAACACCUGCGGGACAUUGGCAAAAGAAAAGGAAGAAAAACUUGAUAAAAGGCGGAAGGACUUUGAAAGUGGGCAUGAGAUUUACAGAGCUUACAUUGCCAAAAAGGCAGUUGAAAUUGAGGAAGCAAAGCGCCAUGCCGAAGAAGCUAAUGAGCUAGUCCAGGAUCCAGAAUCUCUACCGACCGUCAGUGAAUCCGAAAAGGAGCAUGCUGAGGCCGAAGAACCGAAAAUCGAGACCGAACCUGAACCUCUGCCUCACUUCCCUGACUUUGACGGUUUUGAUCGUCAUGAAAAACCUGAAGAGGAGCAGGCCGAACCAGCGCCUCUAGAUGAACCGUCACAAGGCGAUGCUGCUAAAGGCUCUGAAAAUGCUUGGGAUGCUUCUAACGAAGGCUCAGAAGAGGAACUUACACCUGAUGACCACGACGCCGAAGAAUCCGAUAGUGAAUUAGACAAGGAUAUACCACCUGCAGAGUCGCAUGAGACGGAAGAGCAUUACCAAGUGCCAGUCGUCUCAAAGCCAAUCGACUAUGGUCCCGACAAUGGCUUCAUGAUGCUAACCGAACCCGAGACUGGUUGCUUGGAAUUCCGCGACAACGAGUACGUCUACUCGCUGUGUGCCUUCAAAGAUGUCCGCCAACGGGUCCCACACGCCAGCUCGGGUGGAACCCUACUGGGCACCUGGAAGGAAUGGGUCGGUCACCCGGAAGACUCUGUCAACUGGACUAGAGAGGAGAAGUUGGCGAAGUUGCCCUACAGCGAGAUGCUGUAUGAUGCCGGGGAAUACUGCUGGAAUGGACCCAACCGUUCAGUCAAGGUUACUUUCUUGUUGUUGUUUUGGCUGUGGUCUAUGCUUGCGAACGUGAAGGUUGCCUGCGGUCCCGAGAACAAGCUGGUGUCUGCCGAGGAGCCUUCGCGAUGCACGUACGUGAUGAAAUUGGAGACGCCCGCAGCCUGCCACCACGAGCCACUCAAGCUCAUGGAAAUGCACACUGAGUUGUGA